AUGGGACUCAAUACCGACCCUCAUUUACCUAAAUCACAGCCGUCUGGCUCCCUCGCUGCCCACACGGCUGUUGAAUUUGCCCAACAAGCAGAAAAACUUUCACUUCAAACAGCAGAGAACAAUGAAUUCCCAGAGACCGUUGCGGUUGAGGCUCAGUUCAUUACACCGCAAGAUCCUGUUAUUGUCACAGCCGACGGGAACCGACUACCUCCUGUCCCACUUGAACAGGCUCAUAAACUAAAUAUACUGAAAGACGAAAUAAGCAGCGAGUUCUCGAAAGAAGCGGCUGGUCAACACGAUGAUAAUGCCCAAGUGUCACCAAGCGCUGUUGCUGGCUUCGGGCCAGCAUCCCAUGCAGAGGACAAAGCGGCGCAAAAGUCGAGUGAGGUAUCUCUAAGGCGCACCAUGCCACCGACCAACACGCACCCUCUCUUUCCUCCUUUGCCUUUAUACGGGCCGCCAUCUUUACUCAGAGACAUGCAAUGUUGGACUUUCCGAGCAUCAUCAUUUUUUCUAAGUGCGGGCUUCUUAGGCGUUAUCGUUCUCGGCGCUUUAUUUACGAGCAUACCAAGGGCGUGCACUAAAAUAUGGCUACGUCUAACAUUUCGAAACCCCGAUGCUCGAAGGCCCUUCUAUGAAGAGGAAGUUCGGAGGAAGAAUUUGCGGAAGGAACAGGCAAGGUCCUGGAAGAGGCGGAAGUCUCAAGGACAGAGGACUCCGGACCAAGAACGUGCUCAGGAGAGCGAAGUUUAUGUUCCGACAGAGGGUGGACCAGAUCCAGUCGUUUGCGACGUUGGCUAUUAUGCACGGAGGGUUGGCCUAGACGUCGAAGAAUUUGAAGUUCAAACCGAAGAUGGAUUUAUCAUCGAUCUUUGGCACGUCUAUGAUCCUCGAGAAUACACUAAAUUGGAUGACCAAGAGAGAUCUUACCGAGGACCGGAGUUAUUUACAGGGGAUUAUAGGAGGCGACUAAGAGACCCCGGCCAAAAGCGCAAAUUCCCAGUACUCCUGAUGCAUGGACUACUACAGAGUUCAGGGGCGUACUGCGUCAAUGACGACGAUUCGUUAGCGUUCUACCUAUGCAAGUCGGGCUACGACGUGUGGCUUGGAAAUAACCGGUGCGGUUUCCACCCUAAGCAUACUCUCCUAGACUAUUCAGAUCCUCGUAUGUGGUGCUGGAACAUCCGCCAAAUGGGCGUCUUUGAUCUGUCCGCGUUGGUCUCGAGGGUGUUGUUCGAAACAGGAUUCGAGAAGAUUGGGCUGGUUUGCCACUCCCAAGGUACGACGCAAACUUUUGUAGCCCUUGCGAAAGAACAACGUCCAGAGCUUGGUGAAAAACUCACCGUAUUUUGCGCCCUUGCACCAGCGGCCUAUGCCGGACCUUUGAUUGGCAAGAUGUACUUCAAGUUUAUGCGUGUCAUAUCACCGGCUCUCUUCCGACUCAUGUUUGGUAUCCACGCUUUCAUCCCUUUGAUGAUGACGAUGCAUUCGAUACUUCAUCCUCACAUUUACGGACAGCUUGGUUAUACCGUAUUCUCGUUCCUCUUUGACUGGACGGACACUCGCUGGGAUCGCGGUUUGAGGGAUCGCAUGUUUCAAUUUGCACCCGUUUACGUAAGCUCCGAAUCGAUGCGUUGGUGGUUAGGUCGGGAAUGCUUCGCAAAACACAAGUGUAUCCUCUCUACUAAGGAAGAGUGGCACAGUGAGGAUCGGGAAGACGGAACUGAUGGACCCCUGGCAGAAACAGAUAGCCAACGUAGAGACUCUGGUGUAGCGAACAGUGCUAGAGAACACCACAGAAAACCUAAGGGCAUGACGGCCUGGUACAAUGAGCAGGUCUGCCCAUUCGCAUUGUGGGUAGCCGGAAACGACGAUCUUGUCGACGGACGGAAAUUACUACAUCGGUUCGAGAAGGGACGAGAGCCACAUGUCAAAUUGGUUCACAGCAAGAUUCUUCCGGAAUAUGAACAUCUUGACGUUAUAUGGGCAAUGGAUGCCGUGGAUCAAAUCUUCCGGGAGAUUCGGGAGGUGCUGUGGAAGACAUGUAAUGUCCGAGACGAAUGUAAGAUCCCGAGCGGCUGCGAGAACAUCGCAGCCUGGAUACCGGAGGGUGUCUCGAUGGAUAAUGGAAAUGCGGAGUUAUCGAGCGGCGAUUCGGCAUGA